CAAGGCGAUCGGCGCGCGGCCGUCGCGCAAAGAGGCGGCGCCCAAGGCGGCGCGCAAGAGGCCUCAAAAGGGCGCGGCCGCCGCCCCGGCCGCCGCCCCCGCCGCCGCCCCCGCCGCCGAGGCGGGCGGCGGCGGCGGCGGCGGCGGGCGCAGCAGCUCGAAAAAGCCAAAGAUCGAUCCGGGGACGGCGCAGUGGGCGAGCCAGCGCCCCCCCGCGGGCGCAGCGACGGUCGCCGCCGGGCAGGGGGUGCUUCCCACGGGGCCGUCGAGCUCGGCCGACGGCGCAGGGGGCGCCGCCACGCUGGGCGCGGGCGACGCGGCGAUGCGGCAGCUGCUGCAGUCGGUGCUGCGGCCGCAGGCUAACGGGAUGCCCCCGUCUCGCUCGACGAUUGAGCUGCUGCAGUACCUCGAGGGCGCGGCCCAGAGGACGAUGCAGGGGCAGGGGCAGGGGGAGGGUGGCGAGGGCGGGCCGGUGAUGCCCGCCGUCCCCUCCUCCAACUCGUUCGCCUCGCUGAUGAGCUUGCUCAAGAGCUCAAACUCGCUGCAGCACCUCGCCGAGCAAGCAGAGGCGGGCGGCGCGCCGGCGCCGGGCACGUCCGAGCUCAACCUUGCGGCGCUCGUGCGCGCGGCAUCGAGCAGCGACAUGGGAGCGUCGGGGAGCAUGCCGCCGCCGUCGGUGCUUCCGUGGUCGGGGGGGCGGCGGAACUCGUGGGGCAGCCUCACCGGCGCGCCGUCGACGGACGACUUGGCAGAGCUGACGGCGCUGGCAAACGGGCUCAAGGAGUCGCCGUCGGUGACGUCGCUGAUGGAACUGGUGCGGUCGAGCUCGGCGGCGUCGCUGCUCGACCUCGUCGGCCAGCCCAACGGCAGCGCGACCAACAUCGCCGGCCUCGAGUGAGCCGCCGCCCGCCGCCCGCGGCCGGCCCUCUGUGACUCUACUGCCGACUCCCAUGCCGCGAUCCCAUGCUGCGUCGUGCCCAUGCCCACGUCCAAGUCCUCGCCCGCGCCGUCCGCGUCCGCUCCCGCGCCACUCCCCUGAGGAGUCGCCAGCACAGCCGCCGCCGGCGCACCGCCGCCGGCUGGCUGUAGACACCGAGCCCCCGCCCAUGUCGUGAGAGAAGCUCUGAGGCGGGGGCGAGUGCGCUAUUGUGUGUGCGCCCGAGCCCGGCAACAGCGAGCGCCGCGCCCAGCGCGGCGCUGCGGCCUGGCUGCCGGGCGUGGGCGGGUGUGUCUACUGCUGGGGGGCGGGCGGGUCUCGGAGCCCCAUCGCGGCGCCCGUCUGC